AAAACACAACAAGCUCUGGAGGAGCCGCGAGCGUAUUGGCGGGGCGGGCGGACUCGCGGCGGCACUGAGCCUCGGCAGGCUGAUGCAACUUUCCCUUUAAGAAAGCCACCUGGGCGCACCGCGGUGCGGACCCAGCACGCCUGGGCCGGGGGCUGCAGCAUGCUCUUGAGGUCUGUGGUCUGAAAGGUGCUGGAAGCAGAGCCUGUGAGCGUGGUCCAGGACUCCAGGGGCCCCCAACCUGCUGCUGCCAUGGUAGGAAAAGGUGCCAAAGGGAUGCUGAAUGGUGCUGUGCCCAGCGAGGCCACCAAGAGGGACCAGAACCUCAAACGGGGCAACUGGGGCAACCAGAUCGAGUUUGUACUGACGAGCGUGGGCUAUGCCGUGGGCCUGGGCAAUGUUUGGCGCUUCCCAUACCUCUGCUAUCGCAACGGGGGAGGAGCCUUCAUGUUCCCCUACUUCAUCAUGCUGAUUUUCUGUGGGAUUCCCCUCUUCUUCAUGGAGCUGUCCUUCGGCCAGUUUGCAAGUCAGGGCUGCCUGGGGGUCUGGAGGAUCAGCCCCAUGUUCAAAGGUGUGGGCUAUGGCAUGAUGGUAGUGUCCACAUAUAUCGGCAUCUACUACAAUGUGGUCAUCUGCAUCGCCUUCUACUACUUCUUCUCGUCCAUGACGCAUGUGCUACCCUGGGCUUACUGUGAUAACCCCUGGAACACGCCUGACUGUGCCGGGGUGCUGGACGCCUCCAACCUCACCAAUGGCUCCCGGCCCGCCGCCCCGCCAGGCAGCCUCUCCCACCUGCUUAACCACUCCCUCCAGCGGACCAGCCCCAGCGAGGAGUACUGGAGGCUGUACGUGCUGAAGCUCUCAGAUGACAUCGGGAACUUUGGGGAGGUGCGACUGCCCCUCCUUGGCUGCCUCGGUGUCUCUUGGGUGGUGGUCUUCCUCUGCCUCAUCCGAGGGGUCAAGUCUUCAGGGAAAGUGGUGUACUUCACAGCCACGUUUCCCUACGUGGUGCUGACCAUCCUGUUCGUCCGAGGUGUGACCCUGGAAGGAGCCUUCACUGGCAUCAUGUACUACCUGACCCCCCAAUGGGACAAGAUCCUGGAGGCCAAGGUGUGGGGGGAUGCUGCCUCCCAGAUAUUCUACUCGCUGGGCUGUGCCUGGGGAGGCCUCAUCACCAUGGCUUCCUACAACAAAUUCCAUAACAACUGCUAUCGGGACAGCAUCAUCAUUAGCAUCACGAACUGUGCCACCAGCGUCUAUGCCGGCUUCGUCAUCUUCUCCAUCCUGGGCUUCAUGGCCAAUCACCUGGGUGUGGAUGUGUCCCGUGUGGCUGACCAUGGCCCUGGCCUAGCCUUCGUGGCUUACCCCGAGGCCCUCACCCUGCUGCCCAUCUCCCCACUCUGGUCCCUGCUCUUCUUCUUUAUGCUCAUCUUGCUGGGGCUGGGCACUCAGUUCUGCCUCCUAGAGACGCUGGUCACAGCCAUUGUGGACGAGGUGGGAAAUGAGUGGAUCCUGCAGAAAAAGACCUACGUGACCUUGGGUGUGGCUUUGGCUGGCUUCCUGCUGGGCAUCCCCCUCACCAGCCAGGCAGGCAUCUACUGGCUGCUGUUAAUGGACAACUAUGCGGCCAGCUUCUCCUUGGUCAUCAUCUCCUGCAUCAUGUGUGUGUCCAUCAUGUACAUCUAUGGGCACAGGAACUACUUCCAGGACAUCCAGAUGAUGCUGGGCUUCCCACCGCCCCUCUUCUUCCAGAUCUGCUGGCGCUUUGUGUCUCCAGCCAUCAUCUUUUUCAUUCUCGUCUUCACGGUGAUCCAGUACCGGCCAAUCACCUACAACCACUACCAAUACCCAGGCUGGGCUGUGGCCAUCGGCUUCCUGAUGGCUCUGUCCUCCGUCAUUUGCAUCCCCCUCUAUGCCCUGUUCCAGCUCUGCCGCACAGAUGGGGACACGCUCCUCCAGCGUUUGAAAAAUGCCACAAAGCCAAGCAGAGACUGGGGCCCCGCCCUCCUGGAGCACCAGACUGGGCGCUAUGCCCCCACCAUCCCACCCUCUCCUGAAGACGGGCUUGAGGUCCAGCCGCUGCACCCGGACAAGGCCCAGAUCCCCAUGGUGGGCAGUAACGGCUCUAGCCGCCUGCAGGACUCCCGGAUAUGAGCACAGCAGCCCGGGGAGGGCCCCACCCCACCCCACCCGUGCUCCCACCACAGAGACUGGGGAGAGAGGGGACAGGUUUCACCACCUGCCCCUGCCAUGCCCUAGCCAGGGCGGCUGCUGUUACCUUGGUCACCACUGGUAGCGUGGUCAUUUGUGCUCGUGUCCCCAGUGUUUACAGGUCCUUUGGAUGCCAAGAUGGCAGCUGGGGAUGGGUGUGGGCGAUAGGAGGGCUGCCAGGGGUGGGGCCAAAGCACUUUGGAGGGGGUCUCAGGCCAGGUCCCCAGAGAUCUGCUGGGCUUUACAUGGCCUCCGAUGCCCUCACACUUUGUCCGGAGCUGCGGUUCUAGGUGGGCCCCUACCUGUCCCGGUCCUCAGGCCUCCAGCCUCCUGACCAGUGUUCUGCCCCCAGAGCAGACCCCAGCCUCUGCCCAGGCAAAUUUGGGUCUUCCUAUCCAGGGGCAAGGUGAGGGGCUAAGGGGCUGUACAGUGUUAUUUGUCAGGCUGUGCUGCCCAGCCCUGUUUGUCUGUGUGAUUAUUUUUGUAAAAAUCGUAUUCUCUGUGGUUGCCACUCCCAUGCCCCCCGCCUUGGGCCCCUCUGUCUUCCCUGCCUGCCUGCACCUCACUCGGCUGCUCUGGGGCUUCCACACCUCAUUCCAGCCCUGGCUGUCAGGCCCAGCCAGCAGAGGCCCAUCACCCAGCAGCCUGCCCAAAGCACUCAUUUCUGGGGGGUAGGGGUGGGGUGCUGCUCAGCAGGAGGUUUGAGCCCAGAGCCCCAGGGAAGGGGACCUUACACGAAACCCCCUUGCCCUCCCUCCACCAGGCUAAGGUCCAGUCCUCCCAAACUGGGCUGCCCUUGUUCAUGUGCCAAAUGGCCCCAUCCUGCGUGCCCCAUCCCCUCUGGAGCCAGAG